UUCCUGUAUACAGGCAGACUGUUUCUGUUCAUAGCAGCAAGUGCAAAAAAAAAUUUGUCUGUAUUGUACUAGUGCCUGAUUUACGACAUAUAGCUUCACUCAAAAAUUUUCACAAGCCUUCUACGAUCAAACCUGUAUUUCAUACUUUGAGGAGGAACUUUGAGAAAAUAUGGCAACAGCUGCAACAGAAAUAGAACAUGUGAAGAUCGUAUUGCUGGGUGGAAGGUGGGGAGGAAAAAGUUCCUGUGGAAACACCAUCCUGAAUAAGGAGGUGUUUGGAAGCGAUGAACAAACAGAAGUCUGCAUAAUGGAUACAAACAAAAUUGCAGGCAUGCAAGUGACCGUGGUUGAUACACCAAGUUGGAACUGGGUUCCUGCAGAAGCCUCUUCAGAUGAACUCAAGCAGGAACUCAAGCGCAGUGUUGAAAUGCUCGGCGAAGGGUCCCAUGCCUUUCUACUGGUUUAUCCAUUAGGAGCUCCGUUUUUGAAGAGACACAAAAUUGCUGUGGAAGAACACUUGGCACUUUUGGGUGCUAAUGUUUGGGACUGCACUAUGGUCUUGUUCUCUCGGGGAGAUUGGUUAGGAGAGGUUACCAUUGAGCAGCAUAUCGAAGGAGCAAAAGCAGAAUUCAAGUGGUUGGUGGAUCGGUGUGAGAAUAGGUAUCAUGUUCUCAAUAAUAAGGUGAAGACAGAUGAGAUGCAGGUCAUUGAACUCCUGGAGAAGAUCCAAAGGAUGAUUCGAGGAAAAAGAAAGAGAAGCAAAGUCGAGCCACCUUUAAUGGCUGGAGAAACACCUGCAACGGCUGAAUAUGGAGAAACCUCAGGCACACAAAAGAAACUUAAAUAAAUGUGAGAGGAUUUGAUUGGAUUUGAUUUGACAUUGGAUGAUAUGAUUUUUAUUUAUGUAUUCAAAUAAGUGGUUUUUCCAAUUGUUUUUUGAUAUUUUGGUGACAAUGAUUUUUUUUAACAGCAUUUUUUUUCUAUAGAUUUUCUGUAAGCUUUGUUAUACUGUACUGUAUGAAAUACUAUACUGUAAAUAUUCAAAGAGGUCCAAAAAUGACCGCAAGCUGACUUAAGGUAAACAUCGUAAAGCAUCAUUCAGAAGAGUUUACUUGAUUUUCAGUCAAGAGAAUGCCGGUUACUGAAGAUAACCAAUGUCAUAUGCUGGAAUAAUCUUCAAUAAAUGUUUACAUAGGUUGUUAUAAAACCAGCGGUCAUAAAUGGUCAGUGUAGGUCUUAUGUUGCUUCAUGAGCUCCAUGCCGAAGUACAAUGCUACCACUUGCAUGUUUUUUUUAAUAUUGCAUCAAGUUACAAGUAGGGUGUUAAGCAGUGCAAAAGCAAACCAAAGUAACCUUCUCCACUGACUGUAAUUCCUGUUUAUUGUGAUUUGUUUUAUUUAUCCAAAAAGUGUCUUUUUUAAAGUUAUAUAUUGUUCUUUAUACGAAUUACAUUUGUACCCAUUGACAUAUUGUCAGUUUGCCUCGUAAACAAAACAGUCCAGCGUAACAAUGUUAAGUUACCGGAGUAAGUAUUAAUCUUUCACUCAGUACUUGAAAUGGUAGAGAACAUCAACAAGAAGACGAAAAACAUAUUGAGAUGUUCACAAUGAGCUUCUGGUGCUAAUCUGUUACUUGCGUACAGUUACAGUUAAAAUACUGCGAGAAGUUUUUGUUUGUCUCUCGGAUUGAUCUCACCGAGGGACAGUGUUAUUACUAAUGCUGUUAAAAUUGGGUUAAAUAGAAAUAAACGUUUUUAAACCAAGGGGAUAAAAUGACUACCUAUAAUUACUUAUAAAGUAAUUAUACUUGUUUUCUGUUUUUUUUUUUGUUUUGUUUUUUUUUUUGUUCUUGUUACUAUCUUUUUUAUUUUAGAAUUACUAAUAUUGUAAGUUAUUCAGUGGUUGGGACAGAAUGUAUUCUUAUUUAUCUAUCUGGGUUUUCAGAAUCGUACUUGGAGCGUAUUUAAAUGUAUUGCAUACACUAAUGACCAACAGUUUGUGCUUCCACCUGACCUUCACAUCCCUAAACUGUUGCCUGCACAUCAGAUCUUGAUCUUGACAUCAGUGCCUGAACUCACUAAUAUCCUUGUAGGUAAAUGUAGGUAAAUGAAUAAGCACAAAUCCCAUCAGCCACACUCCAAAAAAAAAAAAAAAAAAAAAGCCUUCCCAAAAGACUGAAAGCCCAUGGUUUGCAUUUAUUGCAUUUGGCAGACGUCCUUAUCCAUGACAUAUGUUUUAUCACAUUUUGUUCAACUGAGGGUUAAAAGCCUUGCUCAGGGGUCCGACAGUGGCAGCAUGUAACUCACAACCUUCUGAUCUAUAGUCCAACACCUUAACCACUGAGCUACCACAUCCUCUAGUAUUGAAAUAAGUGGUUCAACAAGCUGAUAUGGGUGUGAUGGUCAGGUAUCCAUGUACUUUCGGUAGUAUAGACUGUAUAAAAAUUAGCAUGUGUGCCAUGUUGAAUUUCUACUUGAACAAAUAAAUACAAAUAGUGUUUUAAACCCA